UUAAUUGUUAUAUAUUUAGAAAAAGACAAAAAUUAUCUGCGAUUUAUAAAGUACAGAAAAUAAUUUGAGGUUUUUUUUAAUCCGUAAAUAUUUUGAUUAUAUUUUUACAACAAAAUUUAUGAGAUUUCUUAUUAUUAAUGUCUCCUAUGCCAAAGGAUAACAAAUAGCGUGCAGUUACUCCAAGAGAAAGUUCAAAGUGCCAUUUCACAAAGCAACACACUGUGUACAAGACCUAAGGAGUAUGUGUAGAAAUGAAGAAAUGUGAUGUAUGUCACCACUCUGAGAGUGAGACUCGAGAUCGUUCCGCAAAUGACAGAGAUCCCUUGAUUAAGGGUCCAAUUGUCUUACCUGAGGAUCCUCACGAUAAUUUGAAUUUAUCUUGCGGCAUUUGCACGAUGUUUCCGUCGUGCAUGUCGAUACUGCCAAGACGCAAUGAGCCUCGGCCCCCAAGACCGGGACAAACGCCGGUGGUCCUCAAUGUAUACGACAUGUAUUGGACGAACUGGUAUACAGCCGGUGCAGGGGUGGGUGUAUUUCACAGUGGGGUCCAAGUACACGGGUCAGAAUGGGCGUAUGGGGGUCAUCCGUACGCGUUCACGGGCGUGUUUGAGAUAACACCACGCGACGAGCGGGAAUUAGGCGAACAAUUUCGAUUCAGACAAAGUGUACAUAUAGGAUAUACAGACUUCAGUGAAGAGGAAGUACGGAGACUUGUUACUGAACUCGGCAAGCAAUUCCGGGGUGACAGGUAUCAUCUUAUGAACAAUAAUUGUAAUCACUUCACGUCUGCCUUUUGUUUGGCGCUAUGUGAUAAAGACAUUCCGGCGUGGGUGAAUCGCCUCGCGUAUGUCAGCUCCUGCGUGCCCUUCUUACAGAGGUGUUUGCCCAAGGAAUGGUUGACGCCGGCCGCGUUGCAACAGUCGCUUGCCGUGCACUCGCGCUCCUCGUCGCCCAUCACGCCGCAAUAGCACCACGAGGAGCUGCUUUGACGCAGACAGACAGACAAAAGUGUUGUGCGUUUUAGUGUUUAGUCUUAGUUAACAAUAACUUUGGCGCAUUGUCAACUUGUACUUAGUCAUCGAUGCGUUGUUUUGUAUAGGAAUAUAUAUUAUUACUAAAGAGUUAUAUAAUGCGCGUUUAAGUUAAUGAAUACGCGUUUGUCAGGCACAGGUGGCUGCAGGAACACAACAUACAGACAUCGGAGGUUGAGAGGUUGUAGCGCUGCUGUUUCAUAUUUGAUAAGUAUUAUUGCAGGCUCUAUAAUUAAAAACUAAAAAUAACGAGUUGCCAAAAUCAACUCUAUUUAAGUUAAAAUAAUAUAGAAGUGGUUCGUAACGUUAUUGUGACAUCUUCUCUAAAACUUUUACAUAAUUUUGAAUAUUAGAAAUUGUUCACGUAAGAAAUUUUAAUGACAGGUUUUAGGAUGAAAUUAAUAGAAAAUUGAUAACGAAUGUUUAAAUCAUACUGAAAAACUGACUUCAAAUCCCACGUAACUUUAGUAAAGAUUUUUAUGUAUAAAUAUGUUAUAUUAUGCGUGAGCCCCUCGUUGGCAAACAAUGGUAUUGAAAUUUUUCGUAUUACUAUAGAUAAAUCGAGUGAUGAUUUCAUAUUGCAGUCUUUAUAAUUUAAAGUAUAAAUAACGAGUUGCCCAGAUCAACUAUAAAUUUAAACAAAAAAUAUUGUUAGUAAAUUUCUUAACUAUUUCAUAAUGAUUUCUUAGUAAUAAACACAAUAAUUACAAGGUAAACGCAUCGGAGUGACAUAGGUUUUAAGUGUUUUUGGAAAUGAUUUUUAUAAGUUAAUAGCUUCGCGGAUGUCGGGCGCCUUAAAGAAAUUACCCUUAGCCUCUACCCUAAUAAAAAUAGUUGUGCCUUAAAAACAAGACUUAUACCGGACGCAGCUACAAUGCACUAAAUGUUAGUCGUAAGUUUUGUAUUUUCUUUCUGCUACCGCUCAAAGUAUAGUUCCUAAAUUAAACAUAGUUUUCUGAUAGUUAUUUGGUCGACCAAUUCUAAUUCUAUUAUAUGUAACUUUGUUUGCGAUCUGACGAACCAUUUUUUCCUUUUGCUAUCAAAUUGCUUGCUAUUUAAAAGUACUUCCAGAACUUUCUUAGGCUCUCUUGUCAAAAUUUAUGUUGAGUAUCCAGAGAUGUUUGUAUCAGCACUAUAAUUACGUCUCUAUUGCUACGUACUAAAGUUUAUUUUAUUAUAAUUUGUUUUGACGGCCAAAUGUAUUUCUCUCCCCGAUUGGUGACCAAAUAAUUAAUUAGAUAAUCCCAUAACAUUUUCUCCGUGGUAUUUCUUAAUUAUAACUUAGCUGUAGUUUUCCGUCCGUUUAAUUCAUUAGAAUAUUUCACUCAUCACUUUAAUGUAAUCAUAUGCAUCACACGCGUUGGGAUAUAAUUAUUAAUAUUAUUUUAGGUAUUAACAUUUUUUUAAAUAUAAAUACGAAAGUUACACCAUUUUUCUCUUCGGUUUAGUCUAACACUAUAUAUUUAAAUAGAAUUUUGUUUCUAUAUCGAGAAUUUAUUUAAUUAAUAAAGCGAUUUAAAGUUAAGAGACACUCACAAAUAUUUACAGUCAAUACUCAAAUCAAAGGCCUAGGCCUUCUGCGUCGCUCGAUUUAAUCGUUUUUUUCACAAGAUCUUAAUUAUGUAAUAUACAUGAAUUAAAAUGAACAUUUACACAAUCUAAAUCGAUUAUAUCUGUUACAGAAGUUUACAGUACAAUAUUUAUUUGUAUGUAAUUUAUUAUGUAAAGUAUAUAACUAUAUCCCACGCUUUCAUAUAAUGUAAAAUAUAAGUGUUUUUUAAAUAAUUAUUGUGCCAUGUUGUUAUUCUAUUCAAAUUAAGGGUGUCAUUUAGAUUACUAAUAUCGGUAUUAUUCAUAACCGUACUAUGAACAAGUAUUAAGUGUUUUGUUUUUGGUUAUUGGCUAUUUGAGGCUUUGGUACGGAUUUGAAUAAUACACUUAUUGAUUUUAAGUAGUUUUAAAUGGAAUUUGUAUAAAUAAAUUCACCAAAUGUUUAUAGCAAAGUGUUGGGUUAAUAAGUCUAAUCAAUUUAAAAUCAUAAAUUAUUUAUCGCUUUACUUGGCUCCAAGUAUUUUAAUAACGCUUUUUCGAACGCAUAAACUCUUCGGAGCCUUGUUCUAACAUAAUGAAUGAACGAAUCACUUAUCAAAACUCAAUUCGGUUCGACUCUUUAUUUUAAAGGUUCUAUAUAAGAUUGUAUGCCUUUGUUUUAGGCAAAUUGAAAUUCGAAAAAGCUGAACGCCAGUAAUGUAAGGCACUCGAAACGUUGAGGUAAAUUCGCGUUUAUGUGCAUUAAACGAGUUACUUAUUAUCUGACGGAUCUGAAAUUUGAUCGGAUCCGUAUACAAGUUUGUCACGUGAUAAUAACGAUUAACCAAACAUAAUGAUAAUAAUGCGUAGGGUUACAAAAUAGGUUAGGACAUGCUGUAAAUAGUAACUUGACAAUGCGCCAGUGAAUUAGAUAUUGUUGUAAUGGAAUGAGCCUCAUUUGUAUGCCUUCAAGUAGAUGGCGCUAUAAUAAAUAAAAAUAUCUUUUUUUUAACAGGUGACACUUAAAUGCCAAGCUGAAAUAUAACUUCUAAUAGCGCCACCUAUUGGGAUUUUGUGUCGGGUUUUAAUUUGAUAAGAUUGUAAUAUAAAUACAUCGCGUAUUAUGUUAGUUUUUUUAAUAGUUCGCAAUUUUCUUCGUAUCGAUUUUUUAUUGUAUACAAAUUAAUUUUCUGUGUAAUAGGCCAGAAGCCAAAGAACAUUUUUACAGUUCUUGAGUGGCUUAAAACAUGACAAACUUAAACUUUAUUAGAAGUGAACAGAUCAAAGUGUAGAGACAAAUAUGGCCUAGGUUUAGAGAAGUGGCAUUCAUAUUAUUAUUUUAUAUUAAAAACAUUUAGUGACAAAAUUUUAGCAAACUAUUUUAAUGUUUGAUUGUACUAAAUUGGCAUUUAUUACUUUUAAUACGAUACUCGAACAAUUAUUUUUUAAUUUUCUCAAAGCCUGGAGGGAAAUGUUUGUCGUAAGCGAAGAUAGUAAUGUGACUUAGUUACUUUAAGGUAUGGUUUGGAUAAAAUCUCUAUUUUAUUAUUUCUAUACCUAGGUUUACUGUUAAGUACUCAUUGUUAUGAAAAAUGCUGGAUUCUUGUAUGUUGUAAAGGUUAUUUGUGAAAUAUGGGAACCCAGUGUAAAAUGUUAACAAAAUACGUAUGACUGAACGAUAAGGUUUUCGGAAAUAUUGUAACAUUAAAAAUAUAUCGGCAUUAGAGUUUUGAAAAGUAAACAGUUUUCAAA